UAUUUUGUAGACGUUCAGUCAACUUCAAAUUUGUUCGUGUGAAGUAUUUCAAAUAUUUUGAAACUUUUUUAAGUUUUUGGCUGUAAAAUUCUAAGUUUUUUUUUCAAAAUCUAUUUGUGAUUUUUUUUUUUGCGACAAAAUGCGUGAAGUCUUAUCUUUACAUAUUGGCCAAGCCGGUUGCCAAAUCGGCAGUGCCUGCUGGGAGCUUUACUGCCUGGAACAUGCUAUUCAACCGGACGGAAUGAUACCAUCUGACAAGAGUGCUGCCUGUGAUGAAUCUUUUGGUACAUUUUUUAAUCACACUUCAGCUGGUAAGUAUAUUCCUCGUGCCAUUUUUAUUGACUUAGAGCCGAGCGUCAUCGAUGAGGUGCGUACUGGUACUUACAAACAAUUAUUCCACCCUGAACAACUUAUAAAUGGCAAGGAGGAUGCUGCUAAUAAUUACGGACGUGGUCAUUACACUGUCGGUAAGGAGAUAAUAGAACAGGUACUUGAUCGCAUACGGAAGAUGGCUGAUCAUUGCUGUGGCUUACAAGGGUUCUUGAUGUUCCAUUCUUUUGGUGGUGGUACUGGAUCAGGUUUCACUUCCUUAUUAAUGGAACGGCUUUCCAUUGAUUAUGGUAAGAAAUCGAAGCUCGAGUUUGCUGUGUAUCCUGCACCUCAAAUCUCCACCGCUGUUGUGGAACCAUACAAUUCAAUACUGACUACUCAUACCACGCUGGAGCAUUCCGAUUGCGCUUUCAUGGUAGACAAUGAGGCAAUAUACGAUAUUUGUCGGCGUAACUUGGAUAUUGGUCGUCCUACGUAUACAAAUCUUAACCGUCUCAUUGGGCAAAUUGUGUCAUCUAUCACAGCUUCAUUGCGUUUCGAUGGUGCGCUCAAUGUCGACUUAACUGAAUUUCAAACCAAUCUUGUACCAUAUCCUCGUAUUCAUUUUCCGCUGGCUACAUACGCUCCAGUAGUGUCAUCGGAUAAAGCGUACCAUGAUCAGGGAAGCGUAGCUGAGAUAACAAAUGCAUGCUUUGAACCAGCCAAUCAGAUGGUUAAAUGUGAUCCACGUGUUGGCAAAUAUAUGGCGUGCUGUAUGCUGUACAGAGGAGAUGUUGUUCCAAAGGAUGUGAAUGCUGCAAUCGCAUCCAUCAAAACCAAACGAGCAAUACAGUUCGUCGAUUGGUGUCCGACUGGAUUUAAGGUUGGUAUUAAUUAUCAACCACCGACCGUUGUACCAGGAGGUGAUUUGGCAAAAGUUCCAAGAGCUCUGUGCAUGCUUUCAAACACGACUGCCAUCGCCGAAGCUUGGGCACGCCUAGAUCAUAAGUUUGACUUGAUGUUUGCUAAACGCGCGUUUGUUCAUUGGUAUGUAAGUGAAGGAAUGGAAGAAGGGGAGUUUAGUGAAGCACGUGAGGAUUUAGCUGCUCUUGAAAAAGACUAUGAGGAGGUGGGUAUGGAUUCUGUUGAACCAGAAGACCAAGCUCAUGAAAGCGAUUCUACUGAUUAAUUAUUAUAAAAAAACCCUACAUAAAAAAAUUAAGGAAAAAA